AUGACCGUGCACAAAUUUGACACCUUCGAAGAAUACGAAGAGAUUGUGGAAAAGCUGAAGGAGAAGCCUGUUAUGGUUGGGUUCUCGAGAGAUGGUUGUCAGCCAUGCACUGACGUCGCCCCCAUUUAUGAGGAAGUCUCCAAUGAUUUUGACAUCGACUUCUACAAGAUUCAUUUCUCCAGAGAUGUGAGCGAGGAACUAGCCACCAAAUUUGAGAAUAUCAGAAUUCAAGCUUUCCCCACUUUCAUCUUGAUUGCCUAUGGAUGCGAGUUUCACAAGUCUGUUCAGGGCAGUCCUGAAGGUGCGAGAGAAUGGUUCGCCUAUCUUAAAAAGGCACUCAAGACCGGGUUCUAA